AUGGAAGAGGAAGCACGGAACUUCAUCAACGUGUGGCUCACGGUCCUCUCGUGCGUGUGCUACUGCUACUUCGUCUCCUCUAGCCUCCCGCCGGGCAAGCUCCAGCUCUUCUCUCUCCUCCCCGUCUUCUCCCUCUUCGCCGCGCUCCCCCUCCAGCUCUCCACUGUCCUCCCCACUGGCAUCACCUCCUUCUUCAUCACUUGGCUCGCCUCCUUCAAGCUCCUCCUCUUCUCCUUCGGCAAGGGCCCCCUCUCCUCCAGACAAGCUGCUAUUGCAGGUUGGGCAUGUUUAUUUGGUUUCCUGUGUCGAAUUCGAAUAAGAAUUGAGGUCGAUGUUGAUGGGCACCCAAAGUGGGUCCUGCUUCUCUAUUCGUGCAUGCUUUAUCUCUACGUCGACAUGAUUGUGGGGCUGAGCAACGCCGCGCGUGCCAUCCUCAGCAUCGAGCUUCAGAUGCCCUCCGACGAGCCCUACCUUUCCACAUCAUUCCAAGAUUUCUGGGGCCGAAGGUGGAACCUCACCGUGACCAACGCCCUGCGGCACACCGUGUACAAGCCCCUAAAGUCGUUCCUCGAACCGCACUUGCAGGCCACGUGGGCGACGGCGGCUGCGGUCAUGGCGGCGUUCCUCAUGUCCGGGCUGAUAUGAC